GGCGAGCCGAGUGCGCGCGCACUCGUCUGGGCAGGCUGUGUUCGAACCAUUCCGAGCGGAGUGCCCGUCCUGAGCGGUCGGACGCGAACGCUACACUGGGCGAACCGUCGGCAGUCGCGCCGGCGCCGCCGUCGGCAAUGGACCACGACGAGGAACGGUCCUUGUCUCUCGGCACGGAGGUGUCGGCCUCCGUGCCGCCUCCGAGCCCCCUCACGGGAUGCUAUCUGCUCGCCGUCGUAGGCGAACCGCACACGCACGAGCACAAGGAGAUUAUCCUGCAGCGACUUGUCAAAGGGCUGCUAUCAUGGGACUCGGGCGAGCACCAGGUCGACUUGGAGAAAGAGCUGGCCCUCCUCACGGCGCAGGCACCCGAGGGGGAGGAAGCCAGAUAUGGGGAGCGGCUCAUCCAGUUCGCCUCCGAGAACCUGGUCACGGAGAUCCUCAUCCACCCACAGAUGAACACGCUGAUGCAGUGCAUGCGCAACCUGCUCAGCUCCUUCACCAGGCACCGCCACCUGGUGCAUGCCGGCUACACGUUCGCAGGGAACGGAUCCUGGAUCAUGCAGGACGGGACCUUCUCCCUGGCAGACUUCACAGACGCUUACCAAGAGAACGAGGUGCAGCGCGUGAUCCGCGCGUACGAGAACUCCAUUUCGAUCGACGUACAUUGCUCCACGAGCGGGGGCGGCGAGUGGGCCAAGCUGCCCGAGAUGCCCUUUGUAAAGCAUUGCAAGAUUAGAAUCAACCCAACCGACAUAUUGGACUCAGGCUCUCAAGCCAUCAAGGAUUUUAUCAAAUACCUGGACCCUUACAUCGUGCCGGCGAGCCUGGAACAGCUCCUGGUGGCCAGCGACGUGGUCGGCAAUAUCAGGUUCAGCCACCCGACGCUGUACGUAUUCCCGGGAGGCCAAGGCGACGCCGCGCUCUUCGGCAUCAACGGAUUCAACAUGCUCGUGGACGGAGGGUUCUCGCGUAAAGCCUGCUGGUGGGACUUCGCUCGGCAUCUGGACCGCUUGGACGCGGUUCUCUUCACCAGGCUCAACAACUGCUCCGCAUCAGGCAUGGCGGCGGUACUACGCAGGAAGGCCACCGCCAACGUCUACCCGCAGAUAGGACACUUCUUCUGCAACUUGGAGGAGCGUCGCCUGCUGGCGAGCCCUGACGGCGACAAGGACGCGGACCCGCUGCUGGUGUCGCUGCUGUCGGAGGGAGCCGACCUCAUGGCCGACCUGCGCCGCCUGCACCUGCGCGCGCAACCCGCAUACCGACGACCCGAGCCCCUCAACCUCUACCACAAGGUCGGCCACGGAACACUGGAUAUGUACGUACUGAAUCCGUCCAAGGACUCCAAACAUGUUCGUGAAUUCCUCAAAAGGUGGCAUAAUAGUGAUCAGAAACUUUUCGAAGGUGCAAGUGUGUCGGGACAGUUUAAUUUUCCAAUUCCUAACUUAGUAUCUAUCUGUGCUUUACUAGUAUGGCGACCUGCAAACCCAGAUGACACUAUAACGAGGAUAAUGUUUCCUGGUUCGACGCCGCAACAUAAAAUAUUUGAAGGAUUAGAGAAAUUAAAACAUCUUGACUUCCUUCAACAUCCGACAUGUACGGGACGUCAGAUGGCGGCAACAACAGCCCCCACAACAACUACUACGACGACAACGACAACUGUUACGACAACAAAAUAUUCGAAACAUGCCACCCCUAAAGUUAGUAAAGAACGAAGUAUUAUUGCUGAAAAGGCCAAAGAAGAUAAAAUCUUAGAAUCACAACCCUUACCUCCCAAAGAUUUGUUAGUAAAAGAUGAGACAGAUUCGAAAAAUUUAAUUGAUAAUAAGUUACUCAGUGAAUUAGUAGAGGGUGAAGAGAAGAAGAUUGAAUCGGUUUUACAAGACGCAAUCACAGCAAGAAUAGAAACUAAGCUUGAUGAUAAAUUAUCCCAAUACGAUAAUACUGUACUAGACAGUUUAUCUAAAAAGAAAGAAGUAAAGAAAAAAGAAAAGAAGGUAAAACGCUUCGAUAAGGCUGAUGAUUUUAAGGACCCUAUGGUUAAAACGACUGAAACUAAGAAAACUGAUGUUGAUAUCAAAACUAAGACUGAUAUAAAAAAGAAAUCAGAAAUCAAAACCAAAACUGACAUUGUUCCUUCCAUUGCGAGAAAUAAAAUUAGUCAUCGAACUGUUCUGAAACCAAGUGAGAAAAAAGCAACGCUAGAAAAAAGAACCCUUGGAGAUGAUAAAAAAUCUCCACCAACAACACCUAAAAAGAGUUUCGAAACGAAAACAGUGUCUUCUACUCCGCAAUCUGUAGUCAGAGAAAGGCUAAAGACAAAAACUAGAAAACUAAGCCCUAGUAGUACUCCUGCCAAAAGUGCCAAAGAAGCUAGUAAUCGCAGGGUAGUAGAAUCUAAAUAUAAACAAGGAUCACCGAAACGAGAUUUAAGUCAAAAAAUACCAGAAAAGAAAGAACCAAAACCUAAAAGAGAACCAAUUUCUAGAAGGCCACGCCCCUUGGCUUCACCUGUAAAAGGGUUAAAAGUAAUGAAAAGUCCUACCAAAGCUGUCAAAGCAUCAAAAACAGACGCGUCUAAAUUAAAAGGUUUACAAAGAGUAAAUUAUGAAGAUAUUCUAAAAGAUGCAAAGAAAUCAGAUGAAGACACGUCGAAAUCAUUAGAUGAAAUAAAACAACAGGAAAUCGAUGAAAGGGAGGAACAAGAGAUAGUAAGAGAAAUUGAAGCUGUUUUUAAUAGAGAUAGUGAAGCUGAAGAAAAAUUGGAAUAUGUAGGGAGAUCAGAUAUCGAAAAAAUUACUUGUAUGUUAGAUGACACUAAGACUGAAACAACCGCUGAUGGUGAAUUUGAAGAAGAAUACCUAAUAAUAGAAAAGGAAGAAGUUGAACAAUACACGGAAGAUUCUGUGAUUGAUCAUGAAAGUAGUCAAGGUAAUGAAGGAGAAGAACUUCAAAAACAUUUGAAAGAUAAAGAAGAAUCUGAGAAAAAGAAAGAAAAAUAUGAAGAAAUUGCGCAAAAAGAAACACAUCCAGUCGGAGAGCUUGAAAAUGACCAGAAGCAAACAGAAUCUAAAGACCAUUCAAUAAGUGUUGAAGAAAAACAAGACAUGAGUAGUGAAAAGAAAACUUCUGACAGCAAAAGUGGGGUGCCAAAACCUAAAGACUCUCUAGAACUAAAUAUUGUAGCGGAAUCUCAACCCGAUGAAAAAGUAUCUACUACUAUCGAAUCUGGUGCCACAACUGCACCAACAUUACCCGAAGAUGAACGCAUAACUCUGGAUGAUAUAAAAGAAGACCAACAAAUCGAGGAAAAACACAUUCAAGAAAUAACUAAAGAAGUUAUUCCUCCACAGACGCUUGUCGACGUUCAUACGGUAAUAUCAAAAGAGAAAAGUCCAAAACUUAGCUCAAUGCCAGCUCCCGUGAGAGAUAUAGUUAAAACUCCGGACGAAGUUGCCGACUUACCACUACAUGAAGAAGUAGAUUAUAGGACAUAUGAAGACAAGAAAACUCCGCUUGAUGAAGAUGUGUUCAAACGUAAACCUGAUCUUGGUUUCGUUCACGAAAUAAAGGUACCUAAAGAUUUACCUUUACACGAUCAAGAAAGCAUGGUGACUUUAAAAGGUCCUAAAGCGAUUGAGGAUGAUGUUGUUUUAAAAACAGUUCAGCGAGCGUCUCACGCUGAACUAGUAACGGUUACACCGGGAUCUGCACCAGAGUCACCAAUGAACCCAGUCCAACUUAAAGCCACAUCGCUUCCCAACAAAGAAUUAGAACCACUAAAAGAGUAUGAUGGGGUGGAGUACAAUUUUACACCUUUCACUGAAAAAUUAAGAGAAACACACAUUACUACAGUAGAUUCUCCUAUAAAGGAUGAUAUCAUAGUUAUAGAUGAAGUGCCUUGUAUGCCAGAAAAAAUUCCUUCGAUUCCUGAGGACGUCGAAAAAGAAAUCGAAGAAGAACAAAUACAUGAAACAACCGAGAAACCUCCACUUAGUCCUAUAGAUGUAGAAAAAAUUGUGGCCGACGUUGCCGAAGUUUUGAAAUCUGAAAAGAGCCUUGAAGAAAUAAUGGCAGAAAAAUCUCCAGUAGGUCUUCGUAAAUCUCCAGAUGACUUUUCAAGGACAGACAUAAAUAUCACGUUAGCAGCUGAAGCUACUAAAAUGCUUUUAUCACAUGAGCAACAGGCAAUACUUAAAGAGAAUUUACAAAAGAAAGAUGUUCCCAUUGAAGAGAAAAAGGAUUCAAUUUCGAUAAAAAAAGAAUGUUCACCAUCCAGAUCUAUUACGUCAGAAGAUAUUAGCGAAUCGUCAGACAAGACAGUAUUAAGUGAAGGUAAAAGAAUAAAACGCGAUACCAAAGAAGAACAAUUAUUUUUGGAAUCUUCUGAAAAAUCUAUCCCAGUGUUACACGAAACUACUGAUAUUUCAGUGGAAAAUAGAGAUAACCAAGAAUUUGAUACAAUCUAUACUUCAAAAACUAUUGAUGAUCCUAGAACCGUAGAAAUUGAUAGAUUGGACACUCAAAUAUCAGAAAAACUUGAAAUUACUGAAAGACGCCUGAGCUCAAGUUUAGAAUCUGCCAAAACAUUAGAGAAAUUGGAGGAAAAGAUGGCUGAUUUGAAACGCAAAGAAGAAAUUAUAACUAAAGAAUUAUUUAACGGUGAGGCUCUUACAGAUGCUACACCUGUAAAAGAAGCUCCAACAGGAGCAGAACCAUCAACUACUGACACCGUCGAUACUAAGACAACAAGCCCGGCAGUUUCGAAAUCUCGUCUCAGCUCAGUUCUUAUCAAAGAACUUGGUUCAGAGAUAGAGAAAACGAUGAAAGAAAAAGAAAACCAAGUAAGUAUUUCCUUAAAAGAUGAAGAUAAAGAUGAAGAUGGGUUAAAAAGUCCAGAAUUAAUACAAGAUAUUGAUAAGUUUGAAGACAAAGAUUUCACCAAAUCAAAGGAUGAUAUUUCAGUGGAAUAUGGAGAAAUUAUAAAAGAAGCUGUACCACUUUCUCUUAAAGAAGGUGAAAAACAAUUGAUAGACGAAAAAGAUAGUGACGAAGAAAGUGCUCGAGAUGAUUACCAAGUAGAAUCUAGCACAAUUCUGAAGUCGGAAAAAACUGAUGAAAAUUCACAAACUUUAACAAUGAAACCUAUUUCGAGCGAGAAAUCAUUGCUUGAAAUAGCAAAACAAGUGGACUCUGCAAGUAAUGUUGUCUUAGAUGAACUUAAUACCAUUUCUAGCAAACUUGAUAAUGUGCAAGUAAGUUUAGAUAACGAUAUUAAAAUAAGAUCAGAGGAGCUUUCUAAAAAAGUUGAUGGUGAACUUAAGGAUGAAGAAAACCCUGUUUCUGUCUAUACUAAACAAUACAUAACAGAAGAAGAUACUAUACAAUUAGAUAAAAAAAUACCGGAAGCGCUGAUAAGUCCAAAAGAAAAGAGUAUAUCUGUUAUUGAAAGCAAUGAAGAAAGUCCACCGUUAAGUGAAAAAGAUUCAAUCACUACAACAGAAGAGGUAACAGAAAAAGAAACGACUGCUGAAAAACAAUCGAAAACUAAAAAUGAAGAUUUGAUAUUUGUAAAAGACGAAAUUGAAUCUCAACAUAAUGACUAUGAAAUUAUUGAAAAACCAAAAGAAACCUUAACAAAUAUAAUAUUGCAAGCAUCAACUACAGUGAGCAAAGCUGAAGCGAAUGACGAUAACUCUUCUACAGAUACGACGCCAAUUGCAAAAGUAGAAAGUUCAUUAGAACAUAGAACAAAAGAUGAAAUAACGAUUGAAGAAAAAAUUUCUCCUCUACCAGAAAAGUCCUUACAAAUAUCAAAAAUUGACGGAAAAGAUCAACACACUUCAGAUGCUGCAGAAUCAGACAAAGCUGAAAAACUGCAAGAUAUACAUAUAGUUUUAACAGCACAUGAUAAACAAGUUGAAAACGAAUCAUCUACACAGAAAGAAAUCAGAGAAGAACCGAGUCCAACUGCAGUCAUUGACAAAAUGUGUGUAACCACAUUACAUAAAGAAGACAAACAGGCAAUAGAAUCAGCACCUGCUGUAGAAUUAAAAGACGAAAAAUUGGAAGACAAACAUAAAUUUUCUCCCGUACAUGAUAAACCAAGUGAAAGUUUAGAACAGAAAGAAAACAAAGAAGAAAUUAGUUUGGCUGCAGUUGUAAAGGAUGAACAUUUACAGGAGCCUUUGCCUGCAUCGGAACAAAAAAAAGAAGACAAAAUCAUCAAAGAAAAGACAUCCCCAACAACGGAAAAUACGGACGAGGUGACAAAGAAACCACUGACUGACGGAGAAUUCACUUGUAAGAAACUUUCUCCUUUAACCAACAAAGAAGUGAAAGUUUCUCCUUUCGAAAUAGAAAGUAAGCCUGUGGCAGAAUUAGUUGAUGAAAAAAGUAAACAAGCUUUAGAUAUAGCACCUGUGGAAGAAAUUAAAUUAGUAGACAAACAUAAAGUCUCUCCCGUGCAUGAUAAACCAGGGGAACUAAAACCAUCAAUACAGGAAGAUCAAAAAACAGAAAUUAGUGUGGCAACAGUCCUUGAAGGUGAAUUAGGGACGUUGUCUUUGCCUGCAUCAGAACAGCAAGUCAUAGUAGAGAGAUUUUCCGUAAAGACAGAAAAAGUUUCUCCUUUAGAGAAAGGUGGUGAACCUGGAGAAGAACCUAUAUUUGGAAAAGAACAAAACCUUUUUAUUGAUUCAGCACCUACUGCCGUAGUGAAAGACACUAAAUUAGUUGACAAAGUUUCUCCCGUACAUGAUAAACCAGAAAGAAAACCAUCAAUACGGGAAGAGAGCAAAGAAGAAAUUACUGUGACGGCAGGUGUUAAGAGUGACUUACAGGAGGUGUCUUCGCCUGAAUUGGAACAGAAAAAAGAUGACAAAAUUACCAAAGAUAAGAUAUCCCCAACAACGGAAAAAACUGUAGAAAUAUCUCCUUUACAGGAAGAAAGUCCGUCUACUGAAGGCUUAGUCAUUGAAAAAGGAGAUGUAGAUAUUAUAGAUAAAGCACCUCUUGUAGAAGUGAAAGAUGUAAAAUCUGAAGAUGAACAUAAAGUAUCUCCCGAACAUGACAAGCCAAGUGAAAGAAAACUUUCCCUGCAGGAAGACAUCAAAAAAGAUAUAAGUUCAUCAAAGAACAUUGAAAGUCAGCUAGACGAGGUGACUUCACCUACAACAAAGCAAAAAUUGGCUGACGAAGAAAUCACUUAUGAGAAAAUUUCUCCUGUAACACAGAAAGAAGUGAAAGUAUCUCCUCUCGAAAUAGAAAGAAAGCCUGAGGUAGACUUAAUUGAUAAAAAAGAUAAACAAGUAGAUUUAGCACCUUUGGCCGAAGCGAAAUUAGUUGAAGAACAUAAGACCUCUCCCGUACAUGAUAAUCCAGUUGAACCAAAACCAUCAAUACAGAAAGAUAGCAAAAAGACAACGGCUGUGACUGCCAUUAUUGAGAGUGAAUCACACGAGGUGCCAUCGCUUGUAUUACAACAAAAACUGCAUGACGAUAAAAUCAAUGAACAGCUGAUUACCCAAUCAACAAAAAAAAGUGAAGACGUAUCUCCUUUCAAGAAAGAUGAUAAACCUAAAGAAGGUUUAGUAUUUGAUGAAGAUGAUAAAAGCUUCAAAGAUUCAGCACCUGCUACAGAAGCAAAAGAUUCUAAAUUGGUAGAUGAAUAUAAGACAGAUAUCAAACAAAAAAUAAGUCCAGCAAAAGAAAUUGCAAAUCAGCUAGAUGAGGUAACUUCACCUACAACAAAACAGAAAUUGGUUAAAGAAGAAAUCACUCAUGAGAAAAUUUCUCCUGUAACAGACAAAGAAUUGAAAGUAUCUCUCGAAAUAAUAAGUAAGCCUGAGGAAGAUUUAUUCGAUAAAAAGUUUGAACAUGCUUUAGAUAUAGCACCUGUGGCUGAAAUGAAGUUGGUAGCACAACAUAAGACUUCUCCCGUGCAUGAUAAGCCAGUUGAACCAAAACCAUCAAUACAGGAAGAUAGCAAAAAGAUAGCGGCUGUGACUGCAGUUUUUGAGAGUGAAUCAUACGAGGUGCCUUCACCUACAUCAGAACAAAAAGUGGACGAUAAAAUCAAUGCACAGCUAAUUACCCAAACAGUAAAAAGUGUAGAAGUAUUUCCUAUACAGAAAGAAGGUAGGCCGAAAGAAGGCUUAGUAUUUGAUAAAGAUGAUAAAGGUAUGAAAGGUUCAGCACCUGCUGCAGAAGUAAAAGAUGCUAAAUUGAUGGACGACUAUGAAGAUUCGUCCGUAGAUGACGAACCAAGCGAAGGGGGACUAUCUCCAAAGACAGAUAUCAAACAAGAAGUAAGUCUGAUAAAAGAAAAUGAAAGUAAGCUAGACGAGGUGAUUUUACCAUUAUUAAAUAAAGAAUUUGCUGACAAAGAAUUUACUUGUGAGAAAAUUUCUCCUUUAACCGACAAAGAAGUGAAAGUUACUUCUUUUGAGAGAGAAAAUAAGCCUGAGGAAGACUUAAUAGAUGAGAAAUGUAAACAUGUUCUAGAUAUAGCAUCUGUGGGAGAAAUGAAAUUGGUCGACGAGCACAAAAUCUCUUCCGUGCAUGAUAAGCCAGGUGAUCAAAAACCAUCAAUACAGGAAGAGCCAAAAGCAGAAAUGAGUGUGACAGCAGUCCUUGAAGGUAAAGGUCCAGAACAGCAAAUGGAUGUUAAAAUCACUGAUGAUGUAAUUUCCUCAAAAAUAGAAAAAAGUGGGAAAGCUUCUCCUUUAGCGAAAGAUGGUCAACCUGGAGAAAAACAUAUAUUUGGAAAAGAACAAAAUCUUCUUAUUGAUUCAGCACCUGCUGCCGUAGUGAAGGGCACGAAAUUGAUUGACGUACAUAAAGUUUCUCCCGUACAUGAUAAACCAGAUGAAAGAAAACCAUUAAUACCGGAUAAGAGCAAAGAAGAAAUUAGUGUUACGGCAGGUGUUAAAAGCGACUUACAGGAGGUGCCUUCGCCUGAAUUGGAACAGAAAAAAGAUGACAAAAUCACCAAAGACAAGCUAUCCCCAACAACGGAAAAAACUGCAGAAGUAUCUCCUUUACAGAAAAAAAGUGAGCCUACUGAUGGCUUAGUCAUUGAAAAAGAAGAUAUACAUAUUACAGAUAAAGCACCUCUUGUAGAAGUGAAAGAUGCAAAAUCUGAAGACGAGCAUAAAGUAUCUCCCAAACAUGACAAGCCAAGUGAAAGAAAACUUUCCCUGCAGAAAGACAUCAAAAAGGAUAUAAGUCCAUCAAAGGAAAUUGAAAGUCAGCUGGACGAGGUGACUUCACCUACAACAAAGCAGAAAUUGGUUGAAGAAGAAGCCACUCAUGAGACAAUUUCUCCUGUAACAGACAAAGAAGUGAAAGUAUCUCCUCUCGAAAAAGAAAGUCAGCCCGAAGUAGACUUAAUUGAUAAAAAAGAGAAACAUGCUUUAGAUUUAGCACCUGUGGCCGAAAUGAAAUUAGUAGGAGAACACAAGAUCUCUACCGUGCAUGAUAAGCCAGUUGCACCAAAACCAUCAAUACAGGAAGAUAGCACAAAGAUAAUGGCUGUGACUGCAGUUAUUGAGGGUGAAUCGCACGAGGUGCCAUCGCCUGCAUUAGAACGAAAACUGGACGAUGAAAUCAAUGAACAGCUAAUUACCCAAACAAUUGAAAAAAGGGAAGUUGUAUCUCCUUUACAGAAAGAUGAUAAGCCUAAAGAAGGUUUAGUAUUUGAUGAAGAUGAUAGAGGUUUCAAAUAUUUUGCAUGUACUACAGAAGCAAAAGAUUCCAAAUUAGUAGAUGAAUACGAGACAGAUAUCAAACAAAAAAUAAGUCCAGCAGAAAUUGGAAAUCGGCUAGACGAAAUGACUUCACCAACAACAAAGCACGAAUUAGAUGACAAAGAAGUCACUUGUGAGAAAAUUUCUCCUGUAACAAACACAGAAGUAAAAAGUGAACCUGAGAAAGAUUUCAUUGAUAAAAAAGAUAAACCUGCUUUAGAUUCAGCACUUGUUGCAGAAGUGAAAGAUAUGAAAUUGGUAGAUGAACAUAAAGUUUCAUCCGUAUAUGAUGAGCCAGGUGAACGAAAACCAUCUAUACAGGAAGAAAAAAGAAAAGAAAUGCUUGUGACAGCAGUUCUCGAAAGUGAGCUGGAGGCGGUAUCAUUGCCUGCUUUAGAGCAGCAAACGGACGUCAAAGUAACUGAAGAGAAAAUUUCCUCAACAACAGAAAAAAGUGUGAAUGUUUUUCCUAUAGAAGAAGAUGAUAAACCUGGAGAACUAAUAUUUGAAAAAGACGGAAAACAUGUUAUAGAUUUGGCACCUGCUGAAGAAGUGAAAGACGCAAAAUUGGUUGCUCAACAUAAAAUUUCUUUUGUACAUGAUAAACCCGAUGAAAGAAAACAAUCAGUUCGGGAAGAGAGCGAAGAAGAAAUGAGUAUGACUGCAGAUGUAAAGAGUGACUUAAAGGAAGUGUCUAUGUCUGCAUCAGAUCAGACAGAAGAUGACAAAAUCACCAGAGAUAGGUUAUCUUCCACAACAGAAAAAGAUAAAGAAGCAUCUUUUUUACAAAGAGAAGGCAAGCCUACCGAUGGAUUAGUAUUUAAAAAGGAAGAUAUAGCUAUUAUAGAUUCAGCAGCUGUUGGAGAAGCAAAAGCUGAAAAAUCGGUAGACGAAGAUAAAAUAUCCCCCGUACAUGACAAGCCAAGUGAAAGAAAACUAUCCCUACAAAAAGAUAUCAAAAAAGAAAUAAGCCCAUCAAAAGAAAUUGAAAGUCAGCUAGAUAAGGUAACUUCCCCUUCAACAAAGCAGAAAUUGGUUGAUGAAGAAAUCUCACUUGAGAAACUUCCUCCUGUAACAGACAAAAAAGUGAAAGUAUCUGCUCUCGAGAUAGAAAGUAAGCCCGAGGAAGACUUAUUUGGUAAAAAAGAAAAAGUUGCAUUAGAUUUAGCACCGGUAACCGAAAUAAAAUUUGACAAACAAGACAAACAUGCUGCAAGUAAUAUUCAUGUUGCAGAAGAAAAAGACUCAAUAUUGAUAGACGAAUAUGAAGAGUCUCCCGUUCAUGAUGAAGCAAUUGAAAGGAAACCAUCAAUACAUGGAGAUAGCAAAAAAGUAACGGCUGCAGUUAUUGAGGAUAAAUUAGACAGAGUGCCUUUGCCUGUAUCAGAACGAGAAAAAGAUGAAAAAAUCAACGAAGACAUAAUUUACCAAACAACAGAAAAAAGUUUAGAAGUAUCUCCUUUAGAAAAAGAAGAUAAGCCUAAUGGAGACUUAGUAGUUGAUAAAGACGAUAAAGGUAUUAAAGAUUCGGCACCUGCUGCAGAUGUCAAAUAUGCUAAACUGGCGGAUGAAAAUCAAGGUUCUCCAAUGCGCGAUCAACCAAGUAUAAAAAUACCAUCUCCAAUGACAGCAGUCGAUCCUAUAACUUAUUCAAUUGACGAUACACAAACUAAAGAUGAACCACUACCACAAGAAAGCGAGCGAGAGAUAAGUUCGACUACAUUAAUUGAUGAUGCGCUAGAUAAAAUACCGGAACUAAAUAAAAAAUCUUCACUUUUAGAAAAAAAUAUAACAGCUUCCUUUUUGGAAGAAGAAAGAAGGUAUGAAGUUAUUCCUAUAAUCAAGAAAAGAGAUAAAUAUGAUAUAGAUGCACCUGCGACAGAAGCAUCUACGAUAAAUUUACCUGUUAAAGAAGUAGGCAAAAUUGUAGAACCGUUAGACCAACACAAAGACAAAGAAGUAGAACCUACUGGGGGUUCACCUGCGUUUGCAGAUGCAACGAUAGAUGGCAUACCAGUGGGCAUGCGAGAAAUAUCCCCAGAGCAAGAAAAAACAGAUAAAACAGGAACAACAGUUCAUGACCGGAAAGUUUCUCCUGUGGUUGAAAAAUUGACUGAAAUCACAUCAUCUCCACAGUUGGAAAGUCAUCUAAAAAUAAGUCCAACUGCUGAACAUAAACUUGCUGUAGACAAAGUGCCAGCAUCCGUAGCGGAACAAAAACCGGACGAUAAAAUUAGCACUGAGGAGACAACUUCUAUAAUAAAAGAAACCCGCGUGGUUCCAUCUUCAGAGGAAAAGAUUCGGCAGGAGACAAGUCUAGCGCAUUUAUACAAAGAUAUUCCAGUAUCAGCAACAGUUUCUGAAUCGCAGAAAGACGGCAAAUCAAUAGCAGAACAUGUAAUUUCUCCCAUAAAACAAAGUGAAAGAGAACUAAUUCCGCAAACAGGCAGCAAGAAAGAAGCAAGCCCGAUUGCACCUACACAUGAACACAAAAUGGAUGAGAGGAGCCCUACUAAAGAGGAAGUUGACAUUGGUCCAAUAAAAGAAAUCAUGCCUGAAGUAAGACUGAUAUUAGAAAAAGCAGAUGACUAUAUCAAAGACACAGCUCCAGAAGCAGACGUAAAAGAUGAAAAACCGAUUUACGAUCAUAAAGUUUCUCCUGUGCUAGAAAACCUAGCUGAAAGUGGGUUAUCUCCACAGAAGGAAGGUGAACUACAAAUAAGUCCAACUACAGUACAUGAACAGCCUACAGCCCCAGCGAAACAAAAACAAGUAGACAGUCCGACAACAUCUCCUCUAAAAUAUAAAACAGUAGAUGAUAUCACGACUGAAAAGGAAAUAUCCCCAACAAUUGAAGAGGAUCUAAUAAAAUCUUCAGAAAUAGAAAGCAAGUCUAAAGAUGAACCAAUAUUUAGAAAAAAAGACAUGCAUGCAAAAGACACUGCACCAGUCACAGAAUUAGUAAAAAGUGAAAAACCUUUAGACGAUGAAAAAGCUUCUUCUGUGCUUAAGACACCAGUUGAUGAAAAAAUAUCUCCCCAUUUGGAGAGCAAGCAAGUAAUGAGUCCAACGUCACCUCAUCUGGAACAUAAAACAGUUGAUGAAAUCAUUACUAUGACAGAAAUUUCUCCAACAAUGCAGAGAGAUCUAAUAAAAUCCUCAGAAAAAGAGAGCAAGCCUGAAAGUGAAACUAUAUUCAGAAAAGAAGGUAAGCAUACUAAAGAUGAUUCACCUGUCACAGAAUUAGUUAAAGAUGGUAAGCAAGUUGACGAUCAUAAAGUUUCUCCUAAGCUUGAAAAACCUCUUAAAAAAGAAUUAUUCCCACAAGUGGAAAAGAAUCAGGAAAUAAGUCCAACUGCAGUACAUGAACAUCCUACAGCUGAAGGGGAGAAGAUAACGGACAGCAAACAAGUGCACAGUGUGACUGCACCGCCCCUAGAACAUAUAACAAUCGAUGAAAUCACAACCUCAAAGGAAAUUUCUCCAACAGUCGAUAAAGACCAAAUAAAAUCUUCAGAGAAAGAAAGCAAGGCUGAAAGUGAAACGCUAUUCAGAAAAGACGGCAAGCAUACCACAGACGAUGCACUUGUCACAAAAUUAGUAAAAAUUGAAAAGGAAGUUGUAGAUGGUAAAGUUUCUCCUGUGCUUGAAAAGUCAGUCAAAGAAGAAAUAUCACCACAUUUAGAGAGCGAAAAGGCAAUAAGUCCGACUGUAGUACAGGAACAGCCUACAGCCGUAUCGGAAAAGAUAACAGAUAGCAAACAAGCAGACAGUGCGACUGCAGCUUCAAUGGAACAUAAAGCGGAAGAUGAUAUUACGACUAAAAAGCAAGUAUCUCCAACAAUGGAUGAAGACCUAAUAAAAUCUUCUUUAGAAAAAGAAAGCAAGCCUGAAGAAGGGUCGAUAUUCAAAAAAGAAGACAACUAUAUUAUAGACCAGGCACCAAUAACAGAAUUACUAAAAGAUGGUAAGCAAGUUGACGAUCUUAAUGUUCCUCCUGCCCUUAAAAAACCACUUAAAGGAGAAUUAUAUCCACAAGUCGAGAAGACACAGGAAAUAAGUUCGAGUGGAGAACAUGAAAAGCCUGCAGCCGUAUCGGAAAAGAUAACGGAAAGCAAACAAGUCGGCAGUCCGACUGCCCCUUCUUUAGAACAUAAAACAGUCGAUAAAAUCACUGCGAAGGAAAUUUCUCCAACAGUGGAUAUAGAUCUAAUAAAAUCUUCAGAAAAAGAAAGCAAACCUGAAAGUGAAAAGGUAUUCGACAAAGAAGACAAACAUACUAUAGACGAUGUACCUGUCACAGAAUCACUUAAAGACGAUAAAAAAGUUGAUGAUCAUAAAGUUUCUCCUGUACUUAAAAAACCAUUUGAAGAGGAAUUAUCACCAACAGUGGAGAGCAAACAGAAAAUAAGUCCUGCUGCAGUACAUAAACAGCCUACAGACAUAGCGGAACAGAAAACAGAUAACAAACAAAAAGACAGUCCAAUUCCUCCUCUGGAACAUAAAACAGUAGAUUAUAUCACGACUAAAAAGGAAACAUGUCUAAAAAUGGACAAAGAUCUAAUAAAAUCUUCUGAAGAAGAAAUCAAGUCUGAAAGUCAAAUGGUAUCCGAUAAAGAAGGCAAGCAUACUAUGGACUAUACACCUGUCACAGAAUUAGUAAAAGAUGAUAAGCAAGUUGUCGAUCAUGAAGUUUUUGCAGUGCUUGAAAAACCAGUUGAAGGAGAAUUAUCCCCACAAGUGGAAAUGAAACGUGAAAUAAGUCCGACUGCAGUACAUGAACAGCCUUCAGCCGUAGCGGAAAAGAUAACGGAAAGCAAACAAGUAGACAGCCCGACUGCACCUCUAGAACAUAAAACAGUCGAUACAAUCACGGCUCCAAAGGAUAUUUCUCCAACAAUGACGAAGGAUCUUAUAAGAUCUCCAGAAAAAGAAAGCAAGCCUGAAAGUGUAGCGAUAUUCGGAAAAGAUGGCAAGCAUACUAAGGAUGAUGAACCUGUUACAGAAUUAGUAGAAGAUGAAAAUCAAGUUGACGAUCAUAAAGUUUCUCGUGUGCUUGAAGAACCAGUUGCGGAAGAUUUAUCUGCAAUUGUAGAGAGCAAGCAGCCAAAAGUGGACACAUUGCCUGCUGUAGUACAUGAACAGCCUUCAGCCGUGGCGGAAAAAAUAAAGGAUAGCAAACAAGUAGGCAGUCCGACUGCCCCUCUAGAAAAUAAAAUAGUCGACACAAUCCCUACUACAAAAGAAAUUUCUGCAACAAUGGAUCAAGAUUUAAUUAAAUCUUCAGAAAAAGAAAGCAAGUCUGAAAUUGAAACGAUAUUCGAAAAAGUAGGCAAACGUGCUAAAGACGAUACACCUGUCACAGAAUCACUUAAGGACGAUAAACAAGUCGACGAUCACAAAGUUUCUCCUGUGCUUGAAAAACCAGUUGAAAAGGAAGUAUCCCCACAAGUGGAAAAGAAACUGGAAAUAAGUCCGACUGCAGUACAUGAACAGCCUUCAGCCGUAGCGGAAAAGAUAACAGAAACCAAACAAAUAGACAGCCCGACUGCACCUCUAGAACAUAAAACAGUCGAUACAAUCACGGCUCCAAAGGAUAUUCCUCCAACAAUGACGAAAGAUCUUAUAAGAUCUCCAGAAAAAGAAAGCAAGCCUGAAAGUGUAGCGAUAUUCGGAAAAGACGACAAGCAUACUAAGGAUGAUGAACCUGUUACAGAAUUAGUAGAAGAUGAAAAUCACGUUGACGAUCAUAAAGUUUCUCGUGUGCUUGAAGAAACAGUUGCGGAAGAUUUAUCUCCAAUUGUAGAGAGCAAGCAGCCAAAAGUGGACACAUUGCCUGCUGUAGUACAUGAACAGCCUUUAGCCGUGGCGGAAAAAAUAAAGGAUAGCAAACAAGUAGACAGUCCGACUGCCCCUCUAGAACAUAAAAUAGUCGACACAAUCCCUACUACAAAAGAAACUUCUGCAACAAUGGAUCAAGAAUUAAUUAAAUCUCCAGAAAAAGAAAGCAAGUCUGAAAUUGAAACGAUAUUCGAGAAAGUAGGCAAACAUGCUAAAGAUGAUACACCUGUAACAGAAUCACUAAAGGACUAUAAACAAUUCGACGAUCACAAAGUUCCUCCUGUGCUUGAAAAACCAGUUGAAAAGGAAGUAUCCCCACAAGUGGAAAAGAAACUGGAAAUAAGUCUGACUGCAGUACAUGAACAGCCUGCAGCCGUAGCGGAAAAGAUAACGGAAACCAAACAAGUAGACAGCCCGACUGCAACUCUAGAACAUAAAACAGUCGAUACAAUCACGGCUCCAAAGGAUAUUUCUCCAACAAUGACGAAAGAUCUUACUCCAGAAAAAGAAAGCAAGCCUGAAAGUGUAGCGAUAUUCGGAAAAGACGACAAGCAUACUAAGGAUGAUGAACCUGUUACAGAAUUAGUAGAAGAUGAAAAUCACGUUGACGAUCAUAAAGUUUCUCGUAUGCUUGAAGAAACAGUUGCGGAAGAUUUAUCUCCAAUUGUAGAGAGCAAGCAGCCAAAAGUGGACACAUUGCCUGCUGUAGUACAUGAACAGCCUUCAGCCGUGGCGGAAAAAAUAAAGGAUAGCAAACAAGUAGGCAGUCCGACUGCCCCUCUAGAAAAUAAAAUAGUCGACACAAUCCCUACUACAAAAGGAAUUUCCGCAACAAUGGAUCAAGAUUUAAUUAAAUCUUCAGAAAAAGAAAGCAAGUCUGAAAUUGAAACAAUAUUCGAAAAAGUGGGCAAACAUGCUAUAGACGAUACACCUGUCACAGAAUCACUUAAGGACGAUAAACAAGUCGACGAUCACAAAGUUUCUCCUGUGCUUGAAAAAUCAGUUGUAGAGGACGUAUCCCCACAAAUGGAAAAGAAACUGGAAAUAAGUCCGACUGCAGUACAUGAACAGUCUACAGACGUAGCGGUAAAGAUAACGGAAAGCAAACAAGUAGACAGCCCGACUGCACCUCUAGAACAUAAAACAGUCGAUACAAUCACGGCUCCAAAGGAUAUUUCUCCAACAAUGACGAAGGAUCUUAUAAGAUCUCCAGAAAAAGAAAGCAAGCCUGAAAGUGUAGCGAUAUUCGGAAAAGAUGGCAAGCAUACUAAGGAUGAUGAACCUGUUACAGAAUUAGUAGAAGAUGAAAAUCAAGUUGACGAUCAUAAAGUUUCUCGUGUGCUUGAAGAACCAGUUGCGGAAGAUUUAUCUGCAAUUGUAGAGAGCAAGCAGCCAAAAGUGGACACAUUGCCUGCUGUAGUACAUGAACAGCCUUCAGCCGUGGCGGAAAAAAUAAAGGAUAGGAAACAAGUAGGCAGUCCAACUGCCUCUCUAGAAAAUAAAAUAGUCGACACAAUCCCUACUACAAAAGGAAUUUCCGCAACAAUGGAUCAAGAUUUAAUUAAAUCUUCAGAAAAAGAAAGCAAGUCUGAAAUUGAAACAAUAUUCGAAAAAGUGGGCAAACAUGCUAUAGACGAUACACCUGUCACAGAAUCACUUAAGGACGAUAAACAAGUCGACGAUCACAAAGUUUCUCCUGUGCUUGAAAAAUCAGUUGUAGAGGACGUAUCCCCACAAGUGGAAAAGAAACUGGAAAUAAGUCCGACUGCAGUACAUGAACAGUCUACAGACGUAGCGGUAAAGAUAACGGAAAGCAAACAAGUAGACAGCCCGACUGCACCUCUAGAACAUAAAACAGUCGAUACAAUCACGGCUCCAAAGGAAAUUUCUCCAACAAUGACGAAAGAUCUUAUAAGAUCUCCAGAAAAAGAAAGCAAGCCUGAAAGUGUAGCGAUAUUCGGAAAAGAUGGCAAGCAUACUAAGGAUGAUGAACCUGUUACAGAAUUAGUAGAAGAUGAAAAUCAAGUUGACGAUCAUAAAGUUUCUCGUGUGCUUGAAGAACCAGUUGCGGAAGAUUUAUCUGCAAUUGUAGAGAGCAAGCAGCCAAAAGUGGACACAUUGCCUGCUGUAGUACAUGAACAGCCUUCAGCCGUGGCGGAAAAAAUAAAGGAUAGGAAACAAGUAGGCAGUCCAACUGCCCCUUUAGAAAAUAAAAUAGUCGACACAAUCCCUACUACAAAAGAAAUUUCUGCAACAAUGGAUCAAGAUUUAAUUAAAUCUUCAGAAAAAGAAAGCAAGUCUGAAAUUGAAAUGAUAUUCGAAAAAGUAGGCAAACGUGCUAAAGACGAUACACCUGUCACAGAAUCACUUAAAUACGAUAAACAAGUCGACGAUCACAAAGUUUCUCCUGUGCUUGAAAAACCAGUUGAAAAGGAAGUAUCCCCACAAGUGGAAAAGAAACUGGAAAUAAGUCCGACUGCAGUACAUGAACAGCCUUCAGCCGUAGCGGAAAAUAUAACAGAAACCAAACAAAUAGACAGCCCGACUGCACCUCUAGAACAUAAAACAGUCGAUACAAUCACGGCUCCAAAGGAAAUUUCUCCAACAAUGACGAAAGAUCUUAUAAGAUCUCCAGAAAAAGAAAGCAAACCUGAAAGUGUAGCGAUAUUCGGAAAAGAUGACAAGCAUACUAAGGAUGAUGAACCUGUUACAGAAUUAGUAGAAGAUGAAAAUCACGUUGACGAUCAUGAAGUUUCUCGUGUGCUUGAAGAAACAAAUGCGGAAGAUUUAUCUCCAAUUGUAGAGAGCAAGCAGCCAAAAGUGGACACAUUGCCUGCUGCAGUAAAUGAACAGCCUUUAGCCGUGGCGGAAAAACUAAAGGAUAGCAAACAAGUAGGCAGUCCGACUGCCCCUCUAGUACAUAAAAUAGUCGACACAAUCUCUACUACAAAAGAAAUUUCCGCAACAAUGGAUCAAGAUUUAAUUAAAUCUUCAGAAAAAGAAAGCAAGUCUGAAAUUGAAACAACAUUCGAAAAAGUGGGCAUACAUGCUAUAGACGAUACACCUGUCACAGAAUCACUUAAGGACGAUAAACAAGUCGACGAUCACAAAGUUUCUCCUGUGCUUGAAAAAUCAGUUGUAGAGGACGUAUCCCCACAAGUGGAAAAGAAACUGGAAAUAAGUCCGACUGCAGUACAUGAACAGUCUACAGCCGUAGCGGUAAAGAUAACGGAAAGCAAACAAGUAGACAGCUCGACCGCACCUCUAGAACAUAAAACAGUCGAUACAAUCACGGCUCCAAAGGAAAUUUCUCCAACAAUGACGACAGAUCUUAUAAGAUCUCCAGAAAAAGAAAGCAAGCCUGAAAGUGUAGCGAUAUUCGGAAAAGAUGGCAAGCAUACUAAGGAUGAUGAACCUGUUACAGAAUUAGUAGAAGAUGAAAAUCAAGUUGACGAUCAUAAAGUUUCUCGUGUGCUUGAAGAACCAGUUGCGGAAGAUUUAUCUGCAAUUGUAGAGAGCAAGCAGCCAAAAGUGGACACAUUGCCUGCUGUAGUACAUGAACAGCCUUCAGCCGUGGCGGAAAAAAUAAAGGAUAGCAAACAAGUAGGCAGUCCGACUGCCCCUCUAGAAAAUAAAAUAGUCGACACAAUCCCUACUACAAAAGAAAUUUCUGCAACAAUGGAUCAAGAUUUAAUUAAAUCUUCAGAAAAAGAAAGCAAGUCUGAAAUUGAAACGAUAUUCGAAAAAGUAGGCAAACGUGCUAAAGACGAUACACCUGUCACAGAAUCACUUAAGGACGAUAAACAAGUCGACGAUCACAAAGUUUCUCCUGUGCUUGAAAAACCAGUUGAAAAGGAAGUAUCCCCACAAGUGGAAAAGAAACUGGAAAUAAGUCCGACUGCAGUACAUGAACAGCCUUCAGCCGUAGCGGAAAAGAUAACAGAAACCAAACAAAUAGACAGCCCGACUGCACCUCUAGAACAUAAAACAGUCGAUACAAUCACGGCUCCAAAGGAUAUUCCUCCAACAAUGACGAAAGAUCUUAUAAGAUCUCCAGAAAAAGAAAGCAAGCCUGAAAGUGUAGCGAUAAUCGGAAAAGAUGGCAAGCAUACUAAGGAUGAUAAACCUGUUACAGAAUUAGUAGAAGAUGAAAAUCAAGUUGACGAUCAUAAAGUUUCUCGUGUGCUUGAAGAACCAGUUGCGGAAGAUUUAUCUGCAAUUGUAGAGAGCAAGCAGCCAAAAGUGGACACAUUGCCUGCUGUAGUACAUGAACAGCCUUCAGCCGUGGCGGAAAAAAUAAAGGAUAGCAAACAAGUAGACAGUCCGACUGCCCCUCUAGAAAAUAAAAUAGUCGACACAAUCCCUACUACAAAAGAAAUUUCUGCAACAAUGGAUCAAGAUUUAAUUAAAUCUUCAGAAAAAGAAAGCAAGUCUGAAAUUGAAACGAUAUUCGAAAAAGUAGGCAAACGUGCUAAAGACGAUACACCUGUCACAGAAUCACUUAAGGACGAUAAACAAGUCGACGAUCUCAAAGCUUCUCCUGUGCUUGAAAAACCAGUUGAAAAGGAAGUAUCCCCACAAGUGGAAAAGAAACUGGAAAUAAGUCCGAAUGCAGUACAUGAACAGCCUUCAGCCAUAGCGGAAAAGAUAACGGAAACCAAACAAAUAGGCAGCCCGACUGCACCUCUAGAACAUAAAUCAGUCGAUACAAUCACGGCUCCAAAGGAUAUUUCUCCAACAAUGACGAAAGAUCUUAUAAGAUCUCCAGAAAAAGAAAGCAAGCCUGAAAAUGUAGCGAUAUUCGGAAAAGACGACAAGCAUACUAAGGAUGAUGAACCUGUUACAGAAUUAGUAGAAGAUGAAAAUCACGUUGACGAUCAUAAAGUUUCUCGUGUGCUUGAAGAAACAGUUGCGGAAGAUUUAUCUCCAAUUGUAGAGAGCAAGCAGCCAAAAGUGGACACAUUGCCUGCUGUAGUACAUGAACAGCCUUUAGCCGUGGCGGAAAAAAUAAAGGAUAGCAAACAAGUAGGCAGUCCGACUGCCCCUCUAGAACAUAAAAUAGUCGACACAAUCCCUACUAUAAAAGAAUUUUCUGCAACAAUGGAUCAAGAUUUAAUUAAAUCUUCAGAAAAAGAAAGCAAGUCUGAAAUUGAAACGAUAUUCGAAAAAGUAGGCGAACAUGCUAAAGAUGAUACACUUGUCACAGAAUCACUUAAGGACGAUAAACAAGUCGACGAUCACAAAGUUUCUCCUGUGCUUGAAAAACCAUUUGAAGAGGAAAUAACCCCACAAAUGGAAAAGAAACAGGAAAUAACUCGGACUGCAGAACUUGAACAGCCUACAGCCGUAGCGGAAAAGAUAACGGAAAGCAAUCAAGUAGACAGUCCGACUGUCCCUCCUUUAGAACAAAAAAUAGUCGAAACAAUUCUUACAACACAGGAAAUUUCUACAACAAUGGAUAAAGAUUUAGUAAAAUCUUCGGAAAAAGAAAGCAAGCCUCAAAUUGAAACUAUAUUCGAUAAAGAAGGCAAACAUACUAUAGACGAUGCACCUGUCACAGAAUCACUUAAAGACGAUAAACAAGUUGACGAGCAUAAAGUUUCUCCUGUGCUUGAAAAACCACUUGAAGAGGAAUUAUCACCUACAGUGGAGAGCAAACAGAAAAUAAGUCCUACUGCAGUACAUGAACAGCCUACAGCCGUAGCGGAAAACGGAAGCAAACAAGGAGGUAGUCCAACUGCACCUCUAGAACAUAAAACAGUCGAUACAAUCACGGCUCCAAAAGCAAUUUCUCCAACAAUGUCGAAAGAUCUUAUAAGAUCUCCAGAAAAAGAAAGCAAGCCUGAAAGUGAAGCGAUAUUCGAAAAAGACGGCAAGCAUACUAAGGAUGAUGCACCUGUUACUCAAUUAGUAACAGAUGAUAAGCAAGUUGUCGGUCAUAAAGUUUCUCCUGUGCUUGAAAAACCAGUUGAAGGAGAAAUAUCCCCACAAGUGGAAAAGAAACAGGAAAUAGCUCAAACUGCAGUAGUUGAACAGCCUACAGCCAAAGCGGACAAGAUAGAGGAAAGCAAACAAGUAGGCAGUCCCACCGCACCUCUUCUAGAAUAUAAAACAGUAGAUGAUAACACUACAAAGGAAAUUUCUCCGACAGGGGAUAUAGAUCUAAUAAAAUCUUCAGAAAAAGAAAGCAAGCCUGAAAGUGAAAUGGUGUUCGAUAGAGAAGGCAAGCAUACUAUAGACGAUGCACCUGUUACAGAAUUAGUAAAAGAUGAUAAGCAAGUUUUCGAUCAUAAUGUUUCUCCUGUGUUUGAAAAACCAGUUGAAGGCGAAUUAUCCCCACAAGUGGAAAAGAAACAGGAAAAAGCACGGUCUGCAGUACUGGAACAGCCUACAGCCGAAGCGGAAAAGAUAGAGGAAAGCAAACAAGUAGGCAGUCCGACCGCACCUCUUCUGAAACAUAAAACAGUAGCUGAUAUCACUACUACAAAGGAAAUUUCACCGACAGGGGAUAUAGAUCUAUUAAAAUCUUCAGAAAAAGAAAGCAAGCCUGAAAGUGAAAUGGUGUUCGAUAGAGAAGGCAAGCAUACUAUAGACGAUGCACCUGUUACAGAAUUAGUAAAAGAUGAUAAGCAAGUUGUUGAUCAUAAAGUUUCUCCUGUACUUGAAAAACCAGUUGAAGGAGAAUUAUCCCCACAAAUGGAAAAGAAACAGGAAAUAACUCGGCCUGCAGAACUUGAACAGCCUACAGCCGUAGCGGAAAAGAUAACGGAAAGCAAACAAGUAGGCAGUCCAACUGCACCUCUAGAACAUAAAACAGUCGAUAUAAUCACGGCUCCAAAAGCAAUUUCUCCAACAAUGUCGAAAGAUCUUAUGAGAUCUCCAGAAAAAGAAAGCAAGCCUGAAAGUAAAGCGAUAUUCGAUAGAGGAGGCAAGAAUACUAUAGAUGAUGCAUCUGUCACAGAAUUAGUAAAAGAUGAUAAGCAUGUUGUUGAUCAUAAAGUUUCUCCUGUGCUUGAAAAACCAAUUGAAGGAGAAUUAUCCCCACAAAAAGAAGAAAGAAAACCAGAAAUAACUCUGACUGCAGUACUUGAACAGCCUACAGCCGAAGCGGAAAAGAUAAAAGAAAGCAAACAAGUAGGCAGCCCGACCUCACCUCCUCUGGAAGUAGAUGAUAUCACAACUACAAGAGAAUUUUCUCUAAAAAUGGAUAAAGAUCUGAUAAAGUCUUCGUUGGAAAUGGAAAGCAAAUCUAUUGAUGGAACGAUAUUCGGAAAGGUAGGGAAGGAAAUCAAAGACACAUCACCAGUCGCAGAAACAGUGGAGGUUGAAAAACGAGUACAUGAUCAUAAAGAUUCUUCUGUGCUAGAAAAACUUAUUGAAAAAGAAUCUCAGCAAAAAGAAAGCCAAUUACAGAUGAGUCCUACUACAGCACAAAAGAAAAUGGAUAGCAAACAAGUAGACAGUCUGACUGCAUCUCCUAUGGAGCGUGAAACACCCAAUGAAAUCAUUACUACAAAGGAAAUUUCUACAACAGAGGAUAAAAAUCAAACAAAAUCUUCAGAAAAAGAAAGCAAACCUGAAACAGAAAAAAUAUUCGAAAAAGAAGGCAAGCAUACUAUAGACGAUGCACUUGUAACAAAAUCAGUAAAAGAUGAUAAAGAAGUCGAUCGUAAAAUCAGUGUGCUUUUAUCUUUGGAAGAAGAUAUUAAGCCUGAAUUAACCUUAAUGAAUUUAUCUAAAGACAAAGAUAUUCCAGUAUCAGCUAGUGUUGCCGAAUUACAAGAACAUGAUAAGACAUUCGAAGAAUAUAGAAUUUCUCCUGAAAAACUUAGGGAAAGUAAGUUAAUGAUAUCGGCACAAACUGAAAGCAAAGAAAUAGUAAGUCCAACUGCACCUACACCAGAACAAAAAACAGACGACAAAAUCAUUACAAAAGAGGAAAUUUCUUCAUUAAUAGAUAAAGCUAUUGUAACAAUUUCAGGAAAAGAGAGAAAGCCUGAAGAGGGAUUGACAACACAUGAACAUGAACCCACACCAAUAGGCGCUAAAACAGUCAAUGUUGAAAAACCAGUUGACGAUCAUAAAGUUUCUCCUGUGCUAGAAAAACCAGUUGAAAGAAAAUUAUCUCCACAAGUGGAGGGCAAAGAGGAAAGAAGUCCCACUGCAGUACAUGAACUUUUGUUGGACAAAAUGCCUUCAACCAUAGCGGAACAGAAAACUGAUAUUAAACAAGAAGACAGUGCGACUCCACCUAAACUGGAACACGAAACGAUUGAUCAAAUCACUGCUAUAAAAGAAAUUUCGCUACAAAUGGAUAAAGAUCUAAUUAAAUCUUCUUUGGAAAUAGAAAGCAAGCCUGAAGAUAAAACGACAUUCGGAAAAGAAGGUAAGCAUACUAUAGAUACUGCACCAGUCACAAACUUAGGAAAAGAUGAAAAACCAUUUUAUGCUGAUAAAGUUUCUCCUAUGCUAGUGGAGAGCAAACAGGAAAUACUUUCGACUACAGUACAUGAACUUUCUGUAGACAAAGAGCUUGCACCCGUAACGGAACAGAAGACAGUCGAUAAAAUUUCUGAAACGAGUGUUAUUUCCGCUUCAGAAGAAGAAGAUAAGCCUAAAUUAAGCCUGAAAGACCAAAAUAUUCCAACAACAGCAACUGUUGUUGAAUCGAAGGAAGUUGGUUUACCAUCAGUAGAAUAUAACAUUUCACCAGAAAAAAGUAGUAAGUGUGAAUUGACUUCACAAGCUGUAAGCAAAGAAUUAGCCAGUCCGACUUCAAGUACACCAGAACACAAAACGGACGACAAAAUCACUUCAAAAGAGGAAAUUUCUCCAUUUAUAGAUGAAGUUCGUAUAACGUCUUCAGAAAAAGAAAGUAAAUCAAAAGAAAGAUUGAAAUUUGAAAAAGACGAUAAGCAUACUACAGACAUAGUACCAGUUGCUGAAUCAGUAAAAGUUGAAAAACUAGAACGAGAUCAUAAAUUUUCUUCUGUGCUAGAUAAACCAGAUGUAAAUGAACCACAGGGUUCUCCACAGAAGGCAAUCCAACUAACAAUACGACCAACUGCACAAGAAAUCCCGAUUGACAGUGUGCUUGCAUCCAUAGCCGAACAAAAUACAGAUGACAAAAUAAUCACUGAAUUGAAAUCACCACUUAAAGAAACAAUUUCAAAAGAAGAAAGUAAGGCAGAAUUAAGCCCAAAAGUCUUAUCAGACAUAACAUUAUCUGAUGAAACUAUGACUAACCAAUCGAAAGAACCGUCGGUAAAUAUGUCUAAAAUAACAGAAGAUAUGCUAAAAUAUGAAAGAUUAUACCAAGAUAAAAUACAGAAACAACACACAAUUGUCAAACAACAAGGUUUGGAUUCUUGUCAGGAAACACUUAACAUUGAUAAAGAUUCCCUGAUUUCAACAACUGAUAGUGGCAUAGACCGCGAUAGUAUAACUCAAGUGAUGGCUUUUGGGAGUAGCUCUGAAGACAUAUCUAAAGAGGUCAGCCUUGAAGAAAAAUAUAGUCAUGAGAGCAAUGAAAAAAGUAUCACUAAAAUAAGUAAUUUAUUAAAAGAUGACCUAAUGUUUAAAGAAAAAGAUGCACCCUCAGACAAACAAGUUGCUGAAUUUGAACAGUCGCAUAAUAUUUUAAUGGAGACAAUACAUAAGGCUUUUAGUGAUGAAAGCGUGCAACAAGGUAUUAAAAGUGAAGGAAUUGAUUCAUUAGCUAUGCAUUCCGAAACAGAAAGAGUAUCAACACCUCCCACUGUGCCAGUCAGUCCCUUACCUAAAACACCCAGUAGUUUUCAAGAUGUAAAAGUCAGUGAAGCAAUACAGAGUGAAGUUUCAUAUGAUAAGUCUGAUGGCAGUGAAGAAACUAUUACUAAAAUUGUACAUGUAGGAGAAGAUAUCCUUACCCAAAAAAUUUCUACUUCUACAGAAAAAAUACCGAAACCAGUUAAACCAUCAAUUUCAGACACUGACACUGAACCUGAGCUUUUAGCUUUAAUGCAAAAUGUUGGAAAAAUAAGAACAGAAACCGAUACCGUAACAAAAGUAAUAAAAGAAGGGGAAAAUGUUGUUACUCAAACAAUAACAACAGUAACAACAAAGGAAGUAAUAUCAAGAGAAGAUGGCACACCACAAAAUAUUAAAACGACAAUAGAAACAACUACAUUAAGUAAAGGCCAAGACGGCUCGACAACAACAACAAAAGAUACUCAAACAUUACUCUCAGAAUGUUCUUCUAGUCUUAGGUCAACUUCACAGUUGGACACAUACAAUACGGAUGUUUGUAGUCCAGAGAAUAAGAUUGUAACAAGCAGACGAAUAGAGAAUGAAAAACAAAAGAUUGACAGCCAAUAUGACACUACUUUUAUAAAUCAAAUGGAUGAAAGUGAUGAAAAUAUAGAAGAUACCACAAUUGACGCAGAUGUAACAAAAAAAAUUAUAAGUGAAGAUGGUAUUGACAUAAUGGUGACUAUAGUGACGACUACUAAAAAAGAAAUAAUAAAACUAAGUGAGAAUAAAAAAGUUGUAAAAACUACCAUUGAACGACUUACCACUAAAGAUUAUCCAGAUGGUAAUCAAAUAGUUGACACAACUGUUGAAGUACGAAAAAAAGACUUGGAUAUUGAUGUUUUUAGUAACUUAGAUAUAGUUUUAAGUAACUACAAAAUAUUUGGUGAAACAGAAGAGCAUGUUAGCACUCAAACAGAAGAUGUAAAGCAAGAAAAUAUUACAAUCAAACGAACCAUCAUAACAAAAACAUUAAAAACUAAGUACGCUGAUGAUGAAGGAGUUCCUGAAAAAAUAAAAACUAUUACUACAAUAACGACAAAAGAUGAUUAUCCGGACGGCUCGUCAUGUUCCAAAGUUGAGACCAUUAUUUCUCUGGCAGAUAUAGAAAUCAAAGAAAACAAAGGAUCUCUAGCGUACAAAGGCUUCGAAGAAUACAAUAUCCUAUUAAACCAAAAAGAAAAUGUUCAGACAAAGGAAAAAAGUAUCGUUAUUGACGGUAAAACAGUAUUGCAAAUUAUAACAGAAUAUAUAACUGAACAAGUUGUGGCUAAUAAAGAUAAUAAGAAAAAAAUUAAAACCAUCGUGGAGACUGUGACAGAAACCAAGAGACCAGAUAAUAUUACGGAAAUCUUAAAAGAUGUCAAAUUUUUCAUAGCAGAGUAUGGACCAGAUUUAUUUAAAAACAAUGCAGAAGAAGUAGGAGAAGAUAAUAAACAAGACUUUGUAGAAAAAUAUAGUGAUGAUGCUACAGGCGAAAUGGAAUUAAACCCUAUGGGCCCACAAGAAGAAACGGAAACUAUAAAAACUGAGGAUAUAGAAGAAAAGGACUGUCUUAUCAAAAGAACUGUGGUCACAAAAAUUAUAAAGAAUAGAUUUUGUGAUACUAAAGGAAAAUUGAGAAAAAUUGAGACAACCACUAUUAUAACUACUACUGACAAAUAUCCAGAUGGAUCCACAAAAACAGUUGUAAAAACAAGUACUGCAAUAGAUAAUCUUACCGAUAGUGAGAUUUCUGAUAUGGAAACAGGUAAACCUAAAUCAAAAGAAACCUUGUCUGAAAGCAAAACAAUAAGCGCACAUGAUCAAAUGCAGUCUAAUGUUAUGCUACCACGUGAAAUUGAUUUCGAAACUAAAAAUAUAGAUACAGAUAAUAUUUUGAGAGAAUUGAAACCAAGUGGAGAACCAGAAGAAAUCGAAAUGACACAGUCAGAAAAUAUUAUUGAACAUGGAGUUAAUAUAAAUAGGACAAUUAUAACAAAGACGAUAAAGACGAGGUAUUUAAAUUCAGAAGGUAAGGAAUCCAAAUUAAAAACGGUUACAAUUGUGACAACCUUAGAUAAUUAUCCUGACGGUUCUAUAAAAAAAUCAAUAGAAACAAGUACUAGAGUAAAUGAUAUUGAAAUAGAUAUACCAAAUAAAACACUAGGUCUUGAUGAAUAUUCAACAUUGGAGGAUAAAUCUAUAGUUGUAAAUGAUGAACAAAAAAUGAUAAUAAGAGAUGGUCAAACUGUAGAACAAUUGAUUACAACAACAACAACCAAGGAAAUUUUAUCUUCACCAAUCUCUUUGAAAAAGAAAUUAAGAACUACUAUUGAAACUAUUUAUAAAACAUUUUUACCUAAUGGUUCCACAGAAAUCACUAAGGAUUUAAACGUUUCGGUUAUGGAUUAUGCCCUAGAAGAAAUUACUAAUGAAUUUGAAGGUUAUGUUUUAAUGGAUAAACCUUCUGUAGAAACAACUACUGAAAAGCAAAAUGUUACUGAAAAUGGUAUAAAGAUCAAAAGGAAAAUCACUAUCACAACUACCAAAGAAGAAUUUUCCCACGUCACUAACAAUGCAAAGAAAAUCAAAACCACUGUGAAAACUAUCACUGAAGAUGAAUAUCCAGAGGGCACAGUUCUAACAAAAACUAGUGAACAAGUAUCAGUCGCAGAUGUAUUUUCGAAAACGCCACAAAUGGAUGAUAUAAAUGAUAUAACCGAGCCUUCAGCAAACUAUAUGGAAGACAGUGAAACUAUCGAGGAUACAUCUGAGGAAUCUGAUAUUAAAAAUGAAAUAGUUCAGCAAGGAAAUGUAACAAUAAAGCGAACUAUUACAACAAAAACUAAGAAAGAUACUUUAGCAAGUACGGAUAAAAACAUUAAGAGAAUAAGAACCACAAUUGAAACGAUUACUGUAGAUGAAUAUCCAGAUGGAUCUACCGAAACCACAAAAGACGUCAAGAUAACAAUAUCAGAGUUUCAAAGAACAUCUGAUAGUAAUUUACAAGCAGCUCUUCAAGGGCUGUCUUCAACAGGAAAAAUAAAAAAUUCAGUAGAUAAAAAAACUAAUGUUGUAUACGUAAACGAUGAAAAAAUUGUUCAAACAAUUACGACCAAUAUAACAAAAGAAGAGCUAAAAAAUACUAAUACAAACGAAAUAGCUGUUAAAACGGUAACUGAAACUAUCACUGAAAAUGCAAAGGAUGAUGGUUCAUUGGAGUUAACAAAAGAUUUACGAACACAAAUUACGUACUUACCUAUUGGAACUGGUCUAGACGAUUGGUCACCUGAAGAGUUGGAAGAAAUUGAAAAACAACUUAUUAAAGAUGACAAACCUAAGCUGGAUGAACUACCUCUAGACUAUCAAGGAGAAGAAAGAGUUGCAAAACCUUCGACAAAAACUAAGAAACAACGUUCACCGGUUGGAGAAAUAACAACAGAUACUGAAACUUUUACUAAAAUACUUAAAGAAGGUGACAAUGAAAUCACGCAAACAGUAACCGUAGUGACUACUAAGGAAGUAAUAAGUCCUGAAAAGAUUAAAAUUACUGUAGAAACAACAACAGUAAGCAGAGGAAAUGAUGGAAUUACUAAAACUACAAAAUCGACAAAAACAACUAUUUCUGAAUUCAAAGAAGAAUAUGAAGAAACAAUAGACACUGGCGAAAGUGAAAAGUCAUUUUCAAAGUAUUCUUCUAAAACCGGAGACAUGCAUAGUUCAUCUGCUGCUAGUGAUGACCUAGACCACCCUGGAAUCUCUACACCCCCAUCUGAUAUAAGUUCAAGGGGCUCACGAGCAGCUACGCACCUUUGGGGUACGGAAAGUAGUGGUAUGUACUAUAGCGAUGAUGAUGGCCAAGGCAGUCCAAGCAGCACAAAAUCUCAGAUUGCACACUCUCCUAGAUCUAACUUAAGCUUUGAAUUAGACUCCUCAAAAAUCCCACAAUACCGGGAUCCCAGCCAGGAGAUAUCAUUUGAUAAAAGUGUCGAAACAAUUAUUCACAAAGAUCCCAUGACAACUUCUGUUUAUGGACAAUUGUCAGAAGAUGAUACGGGUACAUCAUCUACUCAUUCUGUAAUUAAAACUGAAACUCGUAUUCUAGAUAUUCCAUUAUCUGAAUUGAAUGAGGCCUUUUUAAAUCAAGAAAAGUUGAUUUCCAGCCACGAUAGUAAAGUUUCAGAUGCUACCUUUUUAAAAGAAGCUGAUGAACAGUUUGACAAGGCAAUUGAAGAACAUAAAAAAGUCAGUGGGUCUCAAGUGAUAUCCAACAUCACAGCAAAGUACGAAUUGGAUGAGAAGAGUCAUUCAAGUCACCAAAAGUCUAGUAAAGAAGAAACCAUAAUCACCUUAAAAGAUUUGAAAUCAGAGUCGAAAAAAUUGAAUGAAUCAAGCGUGUCAUCUUCAAGUAAUUUAAAACCAACGGUGUUGGAAGAAACCGCUCGGAAAAGUGAAUCACAUGCAAGUCAAGAAAAUGACCCCAUUGAAUCGUGGGGAAAACCCUUAGGUUUACCUAGUCCUAUUGUACCACCUGCACAAUCAGACGGUAAAAGUACGCCCAAAAAACAAACACCCAGUUCCAAUGUGCUAAAUAAAAAUAAAAUCAAUCAGGAAAAGAGCAAGGAAACUAAAAGUCGAGCUUCUGAAUCUCCAAGCAAAAAGAAAACUCCAGCACCUGUAUAUAUGGAGCUAACAUACGUCCCACACCAUGGAAACUCAUACUAUUCUGCCGUAGAAUUUUUCAAAAGAGUCCGAGCAAGAUACUAUGUAUUUUCAGGCACGGAACCUUCGAAAGAAAUAUAUAAUGCUCUACUUGAUGCCAAGAAGACUUGGGAAGAUAAAAGUUUGGAAGUGACUAUCAUCCCUACAUAUGAUACCGAUGUCCUUGGUUAUUGGGUGGCCGAAAACGAAGAAGCCUUGGAGAAAUAUAAGAUAGAUUUAUCACCAUCAGCUUCCCGCUGUACCAUUAAUCUACAAGAUCAUGAGACUUCGUGCGCGGCCUACAGACUUGAGUUCUAGGUGUCGGGUCUAUUUGUAGCUUUCUCAUCGAAGAAGUAAGCCUCUUAUGUGCAUAUCGAUGCUUUUGGACGGGGGACACAGAGUGUUAAAUUGUUUUAGGAAAAAAAUAGGCUGUGAUAAAGAUGGAAGCGUUCAGAAGCAUCUAUGUUACGAGAAGAGCAGAACACUACUUCGUAUGAGAUUGUUUACAAAUAGAAACACAUUAAAGACUUUGUGAUAUUUGAAUGCAAUUAACAGACUGUUAAUGAGUUUGAUAAAACGUAGUUAAUUAUGAGGUAUUGAAAUUAAAAAAGGGAACUUUAUUGAAAAUCAAUCGCAGUGCUGGUGGGAAAUGUGUGAUGCGUAUUAUCCCCGGGUCACGGCAACGUCUCAUGUGAAUCGUUGAUCUUUAAUUGAGAAAGUCCUUUACCGCAUCCAUCAAAAGUCAAUGUAACCAUAUUCUCGACCUAAUAACAGAAACGUCCAUUUUUUUCUAAAACAGUUUUGUAGUAGCUUUCAUUAUUAAAAUAGAACAUGCCAUUUGAAAUAUAUUUCUGAUAAUGUUUUGAGAUUUGGUCUUAUACAAUCUGUAGUGCUUUUAUACAAGAUUUUUAGCAUAACCAGUCAGUCCAUUUUAUUUAGCCAAAACACCGCUUGUGGAAAUAUCAAAAUUUUCUAAAAAUUAUUUUGCUAUCGCAUUGAGAAUUUUUGGAUAGUAAAUAAAAUGUACAAACAAAUUUUCUGAGCACGGCCAUAAUUAUUUAGCGAAACGCUUUGUAUACAAGGACGUGAUAGUUUCGGUCCCAUAGACGUGUUGUCGACGAAAUAAUAUGACAAGUGUUAAUAUAAAAUACUUACCUGAUGUACUUUUUUAUGAACAAAGUUUAAAUAUUGAAUGAAAUUAUUAAGUAACUAAUUGUCUUAAAAAGACGCCACUUAUAAAAUAUGAAGUCGCUCGGCAGGCUAGUGCUGCUUGCGCUAGUUGUAUACUUGUUAGAAGUGACAUUAAUACUAUAUUGUUGUGUUCUAAAAAGACAAAGAUCACUCCACGUGGGAUUAAUUUAAUUUUAGAUUCAAGUAACUAUUACGACUUCUUAAGGCCUUGCUUUUUGCUGUUUAUACUGAUCGAUGAAACUUUACGUGAAUGCACAAAUUAUGCCUUUGAAAACUGCAUGAUUUUUAUAUCAUGCGCUUGGUAAACUAAAACCGAAGUAUUCCGAAAAACCUGCAUUUCGAAAUACUUUGGAUUUUAUGUAAUGGUAUCGAAUCGUUCCUCCUGCUUUAGUGAUCUUUGUCUUUCUGGAUUUAUCUAUGAGCCUAAAACGAUAGAGAGCUUAAAUUCAUUGAAUAAUUGUUUUAGUAGAACUAUUAUUACAGAAACUCUCUAUUUACCUUUGUUUGAGUUACAUAAUGCUUGUUGCGUCAGAAUUUACUGAAACAUAGCUAUAAAACAUGUUAUAAAUUCUAUUGAUUUGUAAAAUGUAAAAUUCAUGUGAUUCUUUGAAUCUCUGUGUUUUUAUCAAUAUUUUUGGCAAAAGCGUUUUCGAUGUUUUGUUAUUUUUUAAAUUUCUAGUCGUUAUGACCCAAAUACUUAUGAAGACGUUAAUAUUGUAGUCGUAAUUAUUCGUUCCUAUAUGAAUUGAGUUCUAGCAUUUCUAAUAGUUUUCUAUUGAAUAAAUAAAAAAAUCUUCUUGUAAAAAUAAAUUAACAAGAACUCCAUUAGAUAACUAUUAUUUUACUAAUUAACUCUUUACGUUCGAAUGGUGUGAGCGAAUGUGAUAAUGGUACUCAUCGUAAUAACAAUUUACCAUCUAGUGAGUAAGUUGUCUGAUCAAAGCUUUUACUUGUUAAUUUCUAUAUUUAGUUAUUUGCCAAAAUGUGAAAUAUGAAGGUUUUGAGUCAAUUAAUUUUAAGUCAUCCAUAGUCGUAAGCCGAUGAUUAUCUCUUGUCAAACAACUGCGCUUACUUUGCCAACAUCCUUCUAAUAACUAUAGAUAAAUAAUAAAAUAGAUAAAAUGAGCUCCUGAUAUCUGAUCGCACCAGCACAAUAUAUUAAAUAAUAAAUAAAACAAUGUUAACAAAUACAUUAAAAUAUGAUGUUCUAUAUAUUUAUUUUUAUGAACUAAUUUGAAAAGUACGAAUGAGAAUUUAUUUUAUAGUUAAUAUGAUAUAGUAUGGUGUUUUAACUGUGUGUUGUUUGAUGUGAGCACAAUAUUUAUAAUUAUGUUUCAAUUACGUGAAUUAUGCUUUAGGUAAUAUUGUGGAUGGGAAGGACUAAACAGGGAGAUGAAUCUUGAAUCAAAUGUAAGAUCUAAUGUAACUCACACGCCACAAUAUGAGUUUUUAUUUUGUAUCGUUGUCGAAACGAAUAUAUAAAUAUUAUAUUUGAAAUAAAUUAUAAUUAUGAUUUUCUAAAGAUGAUCUCUAUAUGUUCUUGGUACAUGAUUUCAGUGUAAGAUACAUUAGAUUCUACAGCAAAGGCUUUGAAAAUAUUUUGAAUAAUUUUAACAUAGGCUUUCUAUUUAUUUCUAGCCAGCAUCCACGACUUAGCUGGCUCCGAAGCCUGACCCAAAAAAAUAAUAUUGUAUUUUAUAGCUAGAACUCUAAUUAAUGCAUAUUAUUAGGAAUAUUAAAAUGUUAUUAAAUUAAGAAUUGUAUCAGCUUAGUGAACAUCAAUAGCUCUGAGAAAUAAAUCAUUAUUAAAAUUAUUAAAAUGUUGUAUUUUUCCAACUGUGGAGAUGAAUGUAUAUAAGUUACGAUUAUUUCUAUUCACUUACUUUAUAAGUAACGAAAUAACUGAACGAUGCAAUAAUUUUUCUGAUUUCUAUUAUAAGUUUAAUAGUUACAUAUACUAAUUUAAAGGCUUAAUCGAAAAGAUUGGAACCCUAUCCUUAUCCUUAUGACUCGUAUCCUUUCGGUUCGUAUAGUAUCGUAUGUAUUUUUAAUAUCUUAAGAAGAUUGUUAUCAAAUGUCAGUGACCAAAAUUACUGUAGUAUUGUGAAAUCUAAACAAAGUGCGGAUAAUAUACUAUCGUAAUUAUAACCUAAUUGGAAAUAGAAUUAACAUUUAUUUUUAAAUUCGCUUCAAAUAGUGAUAUAAUUCAAGAAGCGAAACUUUAUGUUAAACUUUGUUUACCUAGAUGAUUUCUUUCUUGCGAGAUACGAAUGGGUUGGAUAUUAAGUGUCGGUAGAUAGGUAUUGGAGUGUUUAAGCUUAUGUGGUGCUAACGGCCGAUGUGCGAGGCGAGUACAAUUAUAUAGAAUCUGUUUUCUUAAGUAAGUGGUGAUGGUUCAACUUUAAAACUAAAUUCCUAGGAUGUGAAUAAUACUAAAUUUGAUAUUGUUAGGAUAACAAUUUCCUAAACGAAGUCAUCACGACUUACUAGGAGAAGUAAACGACACGCUUAAUGGUUUGGAAGACUGAUCGAUGGUAUAUUUAUUUUAUUUCGCUGUUGCCUCAGAAUAUUUAAAUUGAUUUUUUGAUAACCAAUUUAACUCUACCUUCCCGUUACUCUGUCAUAGCUGUAUAUGCUUAACAAAAUAUUUAAUAAUUUGAAUAAUGAUAAAACUCUUUGAAAGGACUUAGGUACUUGUAAUGAUUAUUGUAUUAUGUAAAUUAAAAAGUAAAAACAUUCAUUGUAUCAGUCAUGUUGCUAAUCUCCAUUCAGCGUGUUUGGUGAAAUUGUAUGAAUCAUUAAAAGUAAUAAAAAAAUAUUGAAAAUGUUAUCGC